UAAAACAAGAAAUUCUGCAAGCGUAACUUUCGUACUUUGCUGCAAGCAUGUCGGAGGAGAUAGAGAAAGCACAACUUGCCAAACCCGGUGGAGAUACAAUAUUUGGAAAGAUUGCACGGAAAGAAGUACCGUGCGAAUUUAUUUAUGAAGACGACCAGUGUGUGGCUUUCAAUGACCUUACCCCACAAGCACCUGUCCACUUCCUGGUGAUUCCUAAGAAGCCUGUGUCUAGACUGGCAGAGACGGAGGACGGGGACGAACAGCUCCUUGGACACCUAGUUCUGGUUGCUAAGAAGGUUGCUAAGCAGCGUGGUUUGAAUGACGGCUAUCGACUGGUUAUCAAUGACGGUCCAAUAGGUGGACAGUCGGUGUAUCAUCUUCACAUACACGUGAUGAGUGGACGACAGAUGGGCUGGCCACCAGGAUAAUUCUCCUGUAAAUUUAAUCACUAUUAUAGAAUUUACAAUUAAAACAAUAAGACACUUAUAGUGGGAAUGGAUUAUGAUGACUCUCUGGAAUGUUUCUGGUUAACUUUUGAUGUGGAGCAUCACAACAUUUGUUAUAUUGUCUGUAAAAUUGAUUUUAAGACCAUCAAGCUGUAUUAUUAUUAAAAGGACUAAAACCAU